GGAGGAAAAUUUUCUUCUUUUAAAACCCCAAACUUAUAUUAAUAAUGCGGGUGAGUGCGUGGCCGAGUUCCUUAAUUACUUUAAGGCUCCGGUUACUGAUUUGCUAGUGAUUUAUGACGAUAUUAACUUAACAAUUAGUAGUUUUCGUUAUCGUCGUCAAAACUCUGGAGGUGGCCACAACGGA